AUGGAUCCUGCCCGCCCGAGUUCCGCGAGGGGCCGUCGUGCCAGGCGGCGCCACGCUGCUGCCCCUACUGGCUCCCCGGCACCACCCCCUCCUCAGCGACCUCGGCGCGGGACUCCGGGUUCUCCCGCGGCGGGCCCUUCAUCGCCGGCGUCGACUGCGUCGCCCUCGUCGGGACCGGCUGGUUCCGAAGCACCGGCGUCCUCACGCCCUUCUGCCCCGGUGCAACCACGCCAGCCGGCCCUGGACGGCGACGUUCUGUGGGUGUAUCUCCCGGCCCCGGCGGAGCUGCAGUGCCCGGUCGACAACUGCAGUAUGAGGUACAGCGGGGCCGCUUGGACGUCUCGCGCGCAGUCGGUGCGCCGCCACGUAGAGUUCGAGCACGGCGUUCGUGUGAGGGAACGAAUCUACGUGUGCACGGUGUGCGACGCGCCGCUCACGUCCCGGCCCUCGUACCACCACUGCCUGGCAAGGGCCACGCUCGUGCCAUCGACGGAGACGCCUCGCCGUCGCUGUGGCGUGUGCGACGCCACGUUUACGACCAAGCGCGGCCUGGCCAAUCACCUGCGAUGCCACGUCGACCAGGCUGGGCCGUCCGGCGCCGCUCGUGAGCGCGCGCCUGCCCGGCGUGUGCGCCACGUCAGCACAUCAUCGUCUGACACGUCAUCGUCCGGAUCGGGUUCCUCGUCGCCGCCAGCAGCACCCCGGGCUUCGCGACGCCUCAGGGGCCUAUCGCCCUCUGACGCCUCACCUCCGGUGCGGCCCUCGUCUUCUCCGGCCGCCAGAUCGGGGGCCUCUUCGCCCGCGUCGGUCGGCGAACCGUCUGCCUUCAUGUACCAGUCGUCCAGCGGUUCGUCGACGUCCGUGGGCUCGGCCUCCGUCCCCGGUUCGCCGGCACCAUCACCUGCCGCAAGCCCGGCCCCCUCCGAGCAGCCAUUUGCGCGACGCCGAAAGCACGUCUUCACCUACGCCGCACAUCGGGGUCUCGACGCCUGCCGGCGUUCCCGUGGACUCGCCCGUCCCUGGGUCACCACGGUCGCCGGAUCCUGCGUCACCACAGAGACCCUCGUCGUCCACCAGGCAAGUCCUGGUACCGUACGACUUCGGGCCCUCGUCGUCGUCCAAUGGCGCGUCUCCUGCCCCGCGCGGCUCGUCGGCGGCUUCGCCCGUUGGCGAUGCCGCGUUUCUACUGGACGACGACGACACGAUCUCCUACGACGGGUCGCGGUGUCCUCGCCGCCGCUCGAUGCCGGGUCGUCCCCGGUCGUUCUGCCCGGGUCCCCGGUAUCUCCUGCCUCCUCCCCCGUCGCCACCGCGUCCGUGGAUCGAGGCCGCGGCGGAUCCCGACGAAGUACAGGGCAUCCCGAGACCGACUCCACGACCCUCCAGAUGCCACCGACCACACGCGCCUCCUCGAGGACCAGGCACGCCUGCUCCGCUCCUUGCUGCGGGACCCCCACCGAACGAGUCAUGGGCCCAAUGCGAGGAAGCAUGGACGCGGGCCGUCGCCUUGGCUGUCGAGGCGGUGCGUCUCCACCGGUGCGUCCUGGUCGCCAACGCCGCCAGCCCGACCCAUCGAACGCGGUCGACAUACAGCGGCUGUACCGCCGCAACCGUCGACGCGCGGUUCGACUGAUCCUGGAGGGACCGCCACAGACGUGUGCCAUACCGCUGCAAGACCUACAAGAUCACUGGGGGCACACGUGGUCGGCCCGCCAGGCCGACUCUACCCUGCUUCUCGGACGCGAUCCGGCUCCGGCGGGCGUCGACACGUCGAACUUUUCGACCGACGAGGUGUACGGGCGCCUGCGCAAGUCAGAGAGCACGGCUCCCGGGGCAGACCGUCUUACCUAUCACCACUGGCGAACGGUCGACCCGGAAGCACGGUUCCUGACGGCGUUGUUCAACGCCUGCCUCCACCACCGCCGAACGCCGGAUUCCUGGAGGACGACGCGGACCAUCCUCAUCUUCAAGAGGGGGGAUCCGCAAGUCCCGUCAAACUGGCGGCCCAUAGCCCUCGGCUGCACGGCAGCGAACUUUUACGCUAAGUGCCUUGCAGCCCGGCUCCAGGCCUGGAUGAUCGAGCACGCCGUGUUGUCGAAGUGCAAGAAGGGCUUCCUUCCGCACGACGGCGUGUUCGAACUUAACUAUAUCUUACAGCGCAGGCUCGACAUCGCCCGAUCGGGAGGCCCCGACCUGUGUGCGGCGCUGUUGGACUUCCACAACGCGUUCGGCUCAGUCCCGCACCAGGCUUUGCUCGACGCCCUGCAAGGUGCUGGCGCCGGCUCCGUGUUUACGGAGUUGAUCGGCGACCUUUACCGGGACAACAGCACCUGUAUCCUGGCGGCCGAGGGAACCACCGAGCCGAUCCCGGUCCUGGCAGGGCUACGUCAGGGUUGCCCACUGAGUGGAAUCCUAUUCAACUUAGUGAUCGACCCGGUCGUGCGCGCAGUGCAGGGUGGUGGUUCCGACCACAAGAUCCUUGCCUACGCGGACGACCUGACUCCCCUGGCCUCGACCCCGCGCCGACUCCAGCAGCGCAUCGACCGGAUCGAGACCCUCGCCGCGUCCCUGGGCCUUGUCCUUGAACCCGUCCAAGUGCGCGUCCUUCCACAUGGUCGGAUCGACACCUGUGGGGAUGCGCCAGACGGAGUUCCGAGUCUCGGGCGUCCCCAUCUCGGUACUGCGCGACUUCGAGCCGCAGCGGUACCUGGGACGUCCAAUUGGCUUUCGGAUCCCCUCCGGCUCCGGUUCCGUCGUCGAGACCGCCAUCGCCCAAGCCCGGGCGAUCAUGUCAUCGAUGUUGGCGCCGUGGCAGCGUCUGGAUGCCCUCCGGACCUUCGUCUACCCGGCGCUCAACUUCCCGAUGCGGUGCGGCGUCCUUGUCUACGACGGACUGGCGCCGAAUGGCGCCGACGGACUGGCGCCAUUCGGCUGCUGGUAAAGCGGACGCUUUACCUGCUCACCAACGCAGCGACGAACUACAUCUACGGAUCCGCCUCCGGUGAUGCCGUUGGGAUCCUGGUGGCGGCGGAGCUUAGCGACCUCUGCCGCAUCGACUCCGCCUUCGAGCUUCUGACGUCCCCCGACACCGAGCUGCAGCAGAUAGCCUUGGACGACGCUUAUGCAAUCGCCACUGCCCGCUUCGGCUGGGAGGUCACCCGCUUCGAGCUGGAGUCCUACCUCGGGGGAUCGCUUGGAGGACGGUUCCGGUCCCGGCCAACCAGUGCGGUCCGUUGGACGAAUGCCCGUAAGGCGUCCCGCCAGUACAACGUCGCCUGGACCCUGGAUCCUGGCGGCGUUCGGCUCACCUGCGGCGACGCCACGAUAACCACAGCACCGGUGCCGCGUAAUGCGCACGCUACGAGAGGUGCUGGCCACCGAACGGGACCAGGCCCUGCACAACCUCCCCAACCAGGGAAAGGUGCUGGCCUGCGUGGCGGCUGA